AGGUUCCCCCGUCAGAGUGCCCCCUUACAUCAGGUGCCCCCAUCCGAGUGCCACCUUACAUCAGAUGUCCUCAUCAAAGUGCCCCCUUACAUCAGGUUUCCCAACCAGAGUGCCCCCUUACAUCAGAUGUCCCCAUCAGAGUGCCCCUUUACAUCAGGUAUUCCCAUCAGAGUGCCCCCUUACAUCAGGUGCACCCAUCAGAAUGCCCCCUUACAUCAAACGUCCCCAUCAAACUAUGUACCCCCAUCAGAGUGCCCCUUUACAUCAGGUAUUCCCAUCAGAGUGCCCCCUUACAUCAGAGUGCCCCUUUACAUCAGGUAUCCCCAUCAGAGUGCCCCCUUACAUCAGGUGCACCCAUCAGAAUGCCCCCUUACAUCAGAUGGUCCCCAUCAGAGUGCUCCCUUACAUCAGGUGCCCCCAUCAGAGUGCCCCCUUAUAU